CUUCCGCCGCUAGGGGCGGAGUGCGGGAGUGCGCCUGCGCCUGGCCGAGGGGGCGGCGCCAGCAAGCAUGGCGGCGGCGAUGGGGGCUAGGGGGCUGCUGGCCCGCGCCUGGGGGCGUUCAGGACAGAGGGGCCUGGCGGCGCGCGGACCGGGCGAGGAGGUGGAGCGGGCGCAGCGCGCGGCUGAGCAGGCCGGCCCCACCGUCUUCAGCCGGAUCCUGGACGGCUCCCUGCCGGCGCACCUGCUCUACGAGGAUGACCAGUGCAUCGCCUUUCGGGACGCGGCGCCGCAGGCUCCGGUGCACUUCCUGGUGAUCCCGCGCCGGCCCCUCGCGCGCAUCAGCCGGGUGGCCGAGAGCGACGCCCAGCUCCUGGGACACUUGCUGGUGGUGGCCAGCCAGACCGCCAAGGCGGAAGGCCUGUCGGAGGGCUAUCGCGUGGUCAUCAACGAGGGCAAGCACGGGGCGCAGUCCGUCUACCAUCUCCACCUCCACGUGCUGGGGGGACGCCAGUUGGGCUGGCCGCCCGGCUGAGCAAAGCUGUGCUGUACAGGAGCUGCUCUCAAUAAAGGCCUGCGCUGGGCAGGCGGCAGGGA